UUUUAUUUUUUCCGCUGUCCUCAAUCCAAAACCCCAAACCCAGCUUCUUCACUCUCCUCUCUCCCAAAACCCCUCAUUUUCUCCGUUCAAAGCCUCAUCUUUUUUUUCCUCCCCUCAUUCUUCUUAGGCUUUGUCUUAGCAGUAGAAUCUCAUGGCGUCUCUCGCUGCUUUCCCUUCUCUAUGCCCUUGCCGCCUCUCUCGAAGACCCAGCAGCCUCUUUCGACCCGCUGUAUCUUGCUCCGUUGCUCCACCUUCAACUGUAUCAGGUGGUAAAGAAACAAAGUUGCCCCGUCGGAGAUCAAGAAGGAGAGAUGGGGCUGGCAAAAGCAUGGAAGAUUCUGUGCAGAGGAAGUUGGAACAGUUUUAUGAAGGAUCAGAUGGUCCACCACUCCGUGUUCUUCCAAUUGGUGGUUUGGGGGAAAUUGGGAUGAAUUGCAUGCUCGUGGGAAACUAUGACCGUUAUAUCCUGAUUGAUGCAGGAAUCAUGUUCCCAGAUUAUGAUGAGUUAGGGAUCCAGAAGAUUGUACCUGACACAACAUUCAUCAAGAGAUGGAGCCAUAAAAUUGAAGCAGUUGUUAUAACACAUGGCCAUGAGGAUCACAUUGGUGCGUUGCCUUGGGUCAUUCCAGCUCUGGAUUCACGUACCCCAAUCUUUGCUUCAUCCUUCACGAUGGAGCUUAUUAAGAAGCGGUUGAAAGAAUUUGGAAUUUUUGCCACAUCAAGGUUUAAGGUAUUUACAUGUAAAAGGAAGUUCCUAGCUGGACCAUUUGAAGUGGAGCCUAUUCGUGUUACUCAUUCAAUCCCAGAUUGCUGUGGGUUAGUCCUCCGCUGUAAUGAUGGCACAAUUUUCCAUACAGGAGAUUGGAAGAUUGAUGAAUCACCACUAGAUGGGAAAGUUUUUGACCGCGAAACUUUAGAAGCACUAUCAAAAGAAGGGGUGACUUUAAUGAUGAGUGAUUCAACCAAUGUGCUUUCUCCUGGAAGAUCUAUCAGCGAGGCUGUUGUAAGAGAUUCAUUAAUACGGCGUAUUUCAGAAGCAAAAGGAAGAGUUAUCACUACACAGUUUGCUUCUAAUAUACAUCGACUUGGAAGUGUCAAAGCUGCUGCCGAUUUAACUGGUCGUAAACUGGUAUUUGUUGGCAUGUCAUUAAGAACUUAUCUUGAUGCUGCUUUCAAGGAUGGAAAAGCGCCAAUAGAUCCUUCAACAUUGGUGAAAGUGGAGGAUAUUGAUGCUUAUGCUCCAAAAGAUUUGUUAAUUGUAACAACUGGCUCUCAAGCAGAACCGCGAGCUGCUCUAAAUCUUGCAUCGUUUGGUAGUAGCCAUUCUCUCAAGCUGAACAAAGAAGACCUGAUUUUGUAUUCUGCUAAGGUGAUUCCUGGAAAUGAGACUCGUGUAAUGAAGAUGCUAAACCGCAUAUCUGACAUUGGUUCAACAAUCGUAAUGGGCAAAAAUGAGGGCCUUCAUACUUCUGGACAUGCGUAUCAUGGAGAAUUGGAGGAAGUUCUGAGACUUGUGAAGCCUCAACAUUUUCUUCCAAUUCAUGGAGAGCUUUUGUUCCUCAAAGAACAUGAAUUGCUUGGAAAAUCCACUGGCAUCCGACACACCACUGUGAUAAAGAAUGGAGAGAUGCUUGGUGUUUCACAUCUUAGAAACAGAAGAGUUUUGUCAAAUGGAUUUGCUUCACUAGGAAAGGAGGAACUUCAGUUGAUGUAUAAUGAUGGUGAUAAAGCGUUUGGAACAUCAGCAGAGCUUUGUGUUGACGAGAGAUUAAGGAUUGCAAAUGAUGGUAUUAUAGUUGUGUGUAUGGAAAUAUUGCGGCCUCAGAACAUCAAUGGUUCUUCACAAGUAAGUUUGAAAGGGAAAAUAAGAAUCACCACGCGGUGUUUGUGGCUUGAUAAAGGAAAGCUGCUAGAUGCACUUUACAAAGCUGCACAUGCUGCACUUUCGAGCUGUCCAGUAAAUUGUCCACUAACUCACAUGGAAAGAAUUGUAUCUGAAGUACUGAGGAAGAUGGUACGGAAAUACAGCAGUAAAAGGCCUGAAGUCAUUGCAGUUGCUGUGGAGAACACUGUUGGAGUUCUCACUGAAGACUUCAAAACAAAAUUAUCUGGAACAUCUCUUAGUGGUUUUGGGCUAUCUUCAAAAAACAAAUCAUCUGGUGCCCAUCUUGGAAAGAUAUUAAGCUGGAAGUCUGCUUCAGCUGAUGAUGAAGCCACUAAUGCGACCAACACUUUGGGCAACCAAACAGAAAAUGUGGCAGAAGGUGAGAAUUCUGAAGAUGAGCAAUCAGUACCUAUGGCAGAUGCAAUUCCAGGCCCAGAGAAACUAUCACCUUCACUUGGAUCUCCAACUUCAAAAAGUACCUUGGAAUCAUUAAAAGGGUCUUCAACCGUUCAACCACCAGAAGUUAUUAUCACCUCAGAAAACUCAAGUAAAAAUGCUAAAGUGUCUGUAGAGGAGAACAAGGCAUCAGAAACGAAGGUAGUGGCUCGUACGCCCUCAAAACGGAACAAAUGGAAGCCUGAAGAGAUUAAGAGAUUAAUUACAAAACGUGCUGAACUAGAUGAUCGAUUCCAGGCAGUUAAAGGGAGAAUGAUUCUUUGGGAAGAGGUAUCUUCUAGCCUAUUAGAUCAUGGAAUUACUCGGAGUCCAGCACAGUGCAAAUCUCUCUGGGCAUCGCUGGUUCAGAAGUAUGAGGAGAGCCGCACUAAUGAGAAAAGCAAAAGGAACUGGCCUUACUUUACUGCAGUGGAUAAGAUUUUAUCAAUACGGGAAGCAGCAUGAUGAGCAAAUAAUACAUCUAUCAGAAGCUUCACACCAAAAUUUUCACAUGAUCAAUGGCAUUGCCUACAAGUGCGUGCCGAUGACUAUCUUGCUUUCUAUUCCCUUGGAUAAACAAUUGGGGGGGUUGGGGGAGGGGUAGAAAGGACUUUGUAUCAAUGACAACACAUGGUGAGACGGCUCAGAGGCCAACAAUAACAUAACAAGGGCAGUUAUCCAGUUGGUCCUGGCUUAUAUUCAUAAGAUGGGGUGAGAAUUCAGAGAGGAGAUUAAAAAGAAAGCAAUAUCUGGUCAUGCAUCUUUACUUGUACAAGUACCCUGCCUGUGAAGUGUGAACAGUUUUGGCUCCAUUCGAUUCGAGCAAUAGAAAUAAUUUUAUAUCUCUAUUCUUCUAGUCUGCCAAAUUUAUCUAUUUUUAGUGUCUGUUGACGACCUCUGAUUUUCUAUUUGUUCAAUUGAUGGAUAAAAGUUGAUAAAUGUAUUUCGUUUGAGGGUUUUUGUGCUUCACAGUUGCUUUGAUUAUUGCAUGCUGCAGAAUGUUAUAAUUA